AUGAAUAGUACACCAACAACCUUUAUAACUUUACUUCGAUCAAAAUCGUAUGCGAUUAGUAAAUACUGUUCACAUCCAAAUGCAACUUUAGAGACUGUCAUUCAACUAUUGGAUUGGUCUGGUGAUUAUGCACCUGAACCUUAUCAAAUAGAUAUGGAUCCACUCAAAAAGGAUAUAUUCGAGUUUCUUAUAGAGAAAUAUCAUACACGUAUCAUUUGUCAUCUAAGUAUGUUAAGAAUUGUCUAUCUACAUGCAGCAUCAAAUGGAUACCUAGAGAUACUACAACGAAUAGAUGACAGACGAACCUUGUGGAUUGAUUGUCUUGGUGAUACAGGUGUCCUUCAAGCUAUUAGAAAUGGUCAUAUUAAAGUUGUAGAGUACUUGGCAAACAAACUUGGUAGUAACUACACUAAAUCAUUUUCAAUCGAUGAUGCUACCAAUUUUGAAAUGGUCAAGUUCUUACAUGAUAAUAUAGCAUAUUCAAUAUGUUCAAAAAAAUCAAUGGACCGUGCUUCUUCCAGAGGUGAUAUUAAAACAGUAGAGGUAUGUAUUGUAUUAAAUGAGGGAUGUACAACUCAAGCUAUGGAUAAAUCAUCAACUUUGGAAGUCACUCAAUUCCUUCACACGCAUCGUGGAGAGGGAUGCACAGUCAAUGCGAUGGAUAGAGCCGCCAAAAAAGGGAGAUUGGAUAUCCUAACAUUUCUCCAUAACCAUCGAACUGAGGGAUGUUCAUACCAAGCUUUUCGUUGGCCCUAUCAUUAUGAUGUCGCAAAGCUUGUUUGUUUUGACUUUGCACAAAUAUCACAAGAAAUCAUAGAUUACCUAAAAUAUGGUGCAACAAGAUGUAAUUAUAAAAAGGGAAGAGAUAUCAUCGAGUUGAAAGAUCUAGGAAUGAUUCAUAUCUUUGGAAUGCCAUGGGACUUUCUCAAAGACUGUCUACCACCAAGAGAUCAAGUACCGCUACACAUUAGAUCGUUUGCCAUCAGUCAAUACUUGACACAUCCAAACCUAACAAUGGAUACACUUGCUCAUCUAUUGGAUUGGUCUGGUGAAUAUGAACCUACACCUGACCAAUUAAACUUGAGUACUGUCCAAAAGGAUAUAUUGGAGUUCAACAAAUGGAUACCUAGAGAUACUACAACCAUAUUCUACUACCCAAAGACUGAUAGUCUUGGUUCUACAGGUGUCAGCCAAGCCAUUAGAAAUGGUCAUAUAGAGGUUGUAGAGUACUUGGCAAACAAACUUGGUCGUAACUAUCGUCAAUCAUUUUCAAUCUAUGAUGCUAAUACUCAUGAAAUGGUACAAAUAUCAAAACAACUUGGAACACGAUUGAAGCGUGAUUAUAGAAAGGGAAGAGAUAUAAUCAAGUUACAAGAUCUGGGGAUGGUCUAUAUCUUUGGAAUGCCAUGGAACUUUAUCAAACACUAUCUACCACCAAGAGAUAAAGUAUCGCUUGAAAUAAGAUCGUAUGUGAUUAGUAAAUACUCUACACAUCCAAAUGCAACGGCACAGACUGUUGUUGGUCUAUUAGACCUUCGAAACCUUCAAAAGGAUAUAUUAGAGUUGUUUAUGAAUCGUUAUCAAUCCCUUGUCAUUUGCGAUUUAAAUAUGUUAAGAGCUGCCUAUAUAAACGCAGCAUCAAAUGGGUAUCUCGAGAUACUACAACGAAUAGAUGAACACCAACGAACAUUAUUUUACUACCCAAAGACUGAUUGUCUUGGUGAUACUGGUGUCUAUCAUGCCAUCAACACAUAUAUAAUGUCAACAAACAUUAAAUUGACAUUUAUCUCUAUCUUUAGAGUACCGUAUAUCAAACAAGUAAUAUUUGGUCAACUUGAUUUAAACAACAAUGACAACAACAACUACAAUGGUUCAAAAUACUUGAAAGGAAGAGAUAUUAUCAAUUUACCAUGUCUUGGGAUGAUAUCACAAUAUGCAAUGCCAUGGGAGUUUAUCAAACAUUAUCUACCACCUAGAGACAAGGUAUUACGUAAAAGAAGAUUAGAUACAAUCUCUAGAUACUGUACACAUCAAAAUGCAACAUUGACAACACUAUUACAUCUAUUGGAAUGGGAACCAGAUUAUGAUCCUCAAGGAAAACAAGAUAAAUCUUAUUACGAAUAUCUUGUUUUACAUAUGACACGAUUUGGUAAUAUGCAAGUGGUAGAAUACAUUGUCAACAAGUACCCAAACUUGGACUAUACACGUUUAAAACAAGUAGCUGCUGAAUUUGGUCGUCUCCCAAUCGUCAAGCUACUAACUAGAUUCAAACCAAAGUUUGAUAUCAAUGCAAUCGAUUUGGCUGCUUCUAAUGGUUAUUUAGAUGUUGUACAGUAUCUACAUGAGAUUGGUGAAUCUUGUUCAAAAGAUGCAAUGGACAGGGCAGCUUCAAAUGGUCACAUUGAAAUUGUCAAAUUUCUUUAUGAAAAUAGAACUGAAGGAUGUGAUUUUGACAGUAUUCUAUCAUCAGUAGCAUUGAGUGGUCAUUUGGAAGUAAUCAAAUAUCUUCAUUUUAAUGUACCACAAUGUAAAGCCGAUACAAAAGCAAUGGAUUGGGCUGCAUCUAGAGGUUUCCUUGAUGUUGUCAAGUUUCUACAUCAAUAUAGAACUGAAGGAUGCACUUUGAAUGCUAUGAAUAUGGCCUCAACGGCAGGAUUUUAUUCAGUUGUAGAAUGGUUACAUUUUAAUCGUACAGAGGGAUGCACUACUAUUGCAAUGGAUCAUUCUCCAUCAUUGGAAAUCACUCAAUUCCUACAUACCCAUCGUACAGAGGGUUGUACACGUCGAGCCUUGGGUAACAGUAUUGCAAAAUGUGAUCUUGAAACUAUCAAGUUUUUGAAUGAGAAUCGUACUGAAGGAUGUGAAAAGGGUGUAACAAUAGGGUUUCACGCAAAUCAAAAUAAUAGUUUGGAGAUGAUAAAAUACCUAUUUGCCAAUGUUGUAAAGGUAAAAUGUUCAGAUGAUGUAGUGUGUCAAGCUGCGAUAUGCGGACAAUUAAAUGUAUUACAAUAUCUUCAUCAGCUCUAUCCUUUAAUCACUGGAUCAAGUCAAGCAAUGGAUCUGGCAUCAUACAAUGGUCAUCUAGAAGUUGUCAAGUUUCUUCAUUUCAAUAAAACUGGUGGAUGCACUCAUGAUGCAAUGGAUAAUGCCGCUAGAAGAGGGUUCCUUGAUAUUGUUAAAGUAUGUCUAGAUUUUCUACAUGAACAUCGUACUGAAGGAUGUACAACGGAGGCAAUGGAUAAUUCUGCCAGUCUUGAUGACUCUAUGGAUAUGUUAAAAGUGAGUAGUAGCUCCCAACCAUAUAAUAAUAAUAAUAAUAAUAAUAAUAAUAAUAAUAAUAAUAAUAAUAAUAAUAAUAAUAUUUAUCAAAUUUAUACUCCUACCGGAGUAUACUCUUAUUCUACUAUAGAAGAGAUGGUGAAAUUAGCAAAUAGUCAAUUAAACUAUAAUCAAUAUAGAAAUACGAUCAUAAAGAUUGCAGUUUGUAGUAGAAUAUUGGUUUGGGUGUACUCUGUUUUGGUAGCUCAAUUUAUGACUAGCUUUGAUAGUUCUACCUCUCUCAACUCUGUCAAUCCACUCAAUGAAACGUUGGUACAUGACGCUACACUUCAACAACAACAUCUUACAUUGCAUCCUGCCAAUCUCAUCGACUCGCUCAUUCGUAGAGUAUUUGUUAAAUGGGAUAGUAUCUAUUAUGUCAGAAUCGCAGAGUAUGGUUAUGAAUUUGAACAAAAUCAUGCUUUCUUUCCUCUUCUUCCUUUAAUGAUGAGAUAUUUAUCAUAUUUCAUUUCAACGAUUACAUUUAAUCAAUUAUUAAUGAGAGAUUAUAUAGUACUAUCUGGUUUCAUCAUUACAAAUGUUUGUUUUGUUAUUUCAUGUGUUCAAUUAUUCAAACUUGGAUGUAUUCUAUUUAAAGAUCAAAAAUAUUCAUUUAUAGCAACAUUAUUAUAUGUUAUUAAUCCAGCUAGUAUAUUCAUGUCGGCAAUCUAUACAGAGAGUGUAUUCAACUUGUUUACAUUUAGUGGAUUGUAUUAUUUGUAUGGAGCAGGGUUUUAUUUAAACUCUUCUAAAUCCAUAUCGAUGGAUGUUAUGCCUUUGAGAAGAAGUGUACUCCUUAGUUUUGUGGCAUCUAUCUUUUUUGCAUUGGCCACUUUUACACGAUCCAACGGUAUGUUGUUGGCUGGUUUCAUCGUGUUUUAUCACUUGUCUGGUAUCUUUUUCCCAAUUUUUAAACGUCUCUUUAUCAUGGCCAAUAAGAUUAUGCGUGGUAAUUCACCUAUUCACCAUACAUCACCAAUCCUUAAAUCAAAGAAUCUUCAUCUUCACAGGUCAUCUUCUUCAUCCUCUUCAUCUUUAUCUUCCUCAUCAUUACCAUCUUCUUCAUCUCCAACCAUCAUCUCUUAUAUUAUUGGAUUUGUACUAGUUGGUAUUCAAACUUUGAUUAUUAUAUCACCAUACCUUUUAUUCCAAUAUUAUGGUUAUUCAAGAUAUUGUGUAGGAGGUUCAGUGACAGAUGCAAAUAAAUUUGGAGAAUGGCCUAGAAGUUGGUGUUUAGAGAAUAGACCAAAUCUCUAUGGAUUUGUUCAAUCACAUUAUUGGAAUCAAGGAUUCUUCAAUUAUUAUGAACUUAGACAGAUUCCCAACUUUUUAUUGGCAGCACCUAUUGUCAUAUUGGCCAGUUGUUCCGUGUUGAGUUACUUGCUCUACUUUAUCGAUCAUCCAAACGACAUGGCAUCUACCAUUACCAAACUCAGACACCGUGCCUCAGUAGUCACUGGUCGUUCGGCACCAUCGCCAUACUACACCUCUCAAAUCCUCCCAUUUAUCGUACAUCUUGGAAUACUCGUUGUAUUUUGUACCACGUUUAUGCAUGUCCAAGUAAUCACUCGAUUCUUUAGUCAUUCACCUCUUUUAUUUUGGUAUGCCGCCUCAAAGUUUUAUACUUUAGAUAGUAGUAAUAGCGCUGAUGUAAAUACAACAGGUUUUAAAUCACGUAAUAGAGAUAAUAAGAACAAUAAGUUCCUUAACAAGUUCUUAAAAGCUUUCUUAUUAAGAAAAGCGGAGGAUUGGGGAUCAGUCACUCACACAUCAAUCACCAAGGUCGUCCUAAUCGAAGAUCUCAUAACCAAUCACCUCGAACAGGUCAGGGAAUUAUACAAGGAUCCAACACUUCAUCAACAAUCACAUCAAUCCUCUUCAGCAGAUCUUUCAGCAAUAGAGAUAGAGGAUAAGAAUAACAAUAAUAACACUAACGAGUUAUUAGUACUUAGGCAACAAAUGGAAGUGCUAAAAGCACAGUUGGAAGAAUCCUUUAAUAGAGUAGAAACACAACAACAACAACAACAACAAAAUAAAGUAAUAUCACACCAACAACCAUUACAAUAA